AUGUCAAACCUUUUCCAGAGACCGUCCAAGUUGGACAAACACCGGGACACCAUCUAUCGCUUGUACAUCACGGAAAACAAAACCCUAUCGCAAGUUAUUGACAUUAUGAAACGCGACCAUAACUUGCUGGCUUCGGACAAAAAAUACAAGCGUUACUUCAAGAUCUGGGGAUUCGAGAAAAACUACAAGACCAGUGAAAUGAUAUCCAUGCUCAAGAUGCAACAAAAGCGGCUCAGGGAAGGAAAGAAAACAAUAUUCUGCAACGAGAAUGGCCAGAAGAUACCCAAGAGCAAAUUCACGCGGUUCAAGAACCGUCACACCAUCAGGGAAUUUACGGAUGAAGAGUUACAAGAAGUCGAAAUCCCGAGAGGCAUUACCUACAAAACACCCGAGCCAGAUGACACCAAAAGGCGGUUGAAGAAUCGUUCCAGCACCAAUAGAACUGGCGAGAGAACAGGCAUGGGGGUAGAGGAACCUCAAGUCAUCACCCAAUCAUCUCGGUCGGACCGCAGGGACAACAUACGUCGAGAAGAUUAUCAACUACCCGCAAGGCCAGGCUCGUCAUUGUCUAUGUCCUAUCCGAACUGGAGGCAGUGUCGGGAUACCGGUUUUAUCCCAACUAAUGCCUCUCCUGCGCCUUCGGCGUACUCCUUGAACACUACAAUAGGUGCUCCCACUGCUCCAAUGGCGGCCUACACGUCGAGGCAACAUGGCCAGAUUGAGACGAACUUCUCCCCAUACUCGACGGCCAUCAGCGACCCAGGUGAAUAUCAGUCAUCUGCAAGUUUAAGACAGGGCUCAGUGUCAUCUAUGCCGCCCCUUGACUUGAACGACAACCAGGCUGGGCUUUUUACCAGUACCGUUCCUUCUCCCGCUCUUCUUGCAUACAUGUUAAACACUACUCUUGGCUGUCGGAUUUCUCCAGUGGCAGCUUACACAUCAACUGAGCAGCGUUCAGCGUAUGCGCUGGAUUCCUUAACACAGUUUUCAGGUGCCCACACCGCGGGUUUUGUUGACUUAUCCGCGAGCGCAAGGCUGGGAUCAUUGUCAUACAAUAACUAUCAAGGGAGUCAUGAUGGGCCUUCCCGUGGUAUUCUCAGCUCUCGCGCACCCUCGGCUUCAUACCUAAACAACAACACCUGCGACCUUGAUGCUUCAUCCGUUUAUCCCUUUAACAACACAAUCACUGCCCCUGUUCCCCUCUCCUCUCCAUGGAACGGCCAAGGGCCGUUUUCAACCAAUGAUCCCAUCUCGCCGGGUCUACAGCUCAUUGGUUCCGGUCCCUCUUCGACAUACGCCCAGGUGGAGGCAUUUCCCGUCGGUCCUAGACACGAUAACCAUACUGGUGACUAUGGCGAAUAUGACGAUAUACCAACGAACACUGUGAACAGCACGUACUCUCCUGUUUUGCAGUCAUACCUUGGUGAGACUGAGGAGUAUCCGUCCUGCAAUUCCAACAAUUACUACACUGGCCGGAUAUCAGGGCGGCAAUGUUGUGGAUGA